UUAAUAUCAAUUACAGAUUAGAUGCUAUUCUGGUAACAGAAUAUAUGGAUUAAACUCAAUAGCGGAUCUUAUACUAUAGUCAUGUAGUAUAGUAUAACUGGUGCAAAUGGCUGCAAUGUGAAAUUAAAAAUAGGGACAAUUAAAAAAAGCACCAAUGAGAAUUGAGAACUGAGAAAGUGGUAGAAGAAAGUAUAAAAUGGGAAAGAGACGGCUUAGAGACUAUUCAAAAGGGAGAGAGAUGGAGUGGCCAAAAUUGGGGACAUGAUGGAGUUCAGAUGCAUAGCUAAGUGGAAAAACUGGAAGAACUGCAAUUGGUUAAAGCAAGCGUGAUCAGAGGAAAGCACGAAGUAAGUCUUCUCAUUUUAUAGAUGAGGUACAAGAUUCAUAAAAAUGAAGUAACCUUUAAUAAAUGUUACAUGCCACUUGUUCCAGGAAUGAUUGAUGUAGUUCUGUAAGUAAGAAGGAGCUUAGUGAAGAGAGAGCAGUUCAAUUCCAGGGAGGAGAGAAUAUUUAGUUCAACAUACAGGGGAAAUGAGAGGCUGUGUAGGAGGCCCAAGGCUGAGGGAAGCUUUAGAGUUUCUUGGUAGUCAUCAUUAGCUGGUGGAGGAGGUCCACUUCUAGUGGAAGAGAGUUGUAUCACGUAGAAAGGGUACAUUUUGGUGAGAAAAGCAGACACCUGUAGAUGACAUGCUGUUUCUAGAAUUUCUAUUUCUGGAUGUUGUCCUUGGAGGCAGUAUCACUGAAAAUGUGGUCCAGAAAAACAUUUCAUUUUACUUAAUGCAGAUCUCAUCCUAUGCCAACCAAUCCUGGGCACAAAAUCGUGGCUCUGCUUGGCUGGAUGAGUUGCAGACUCAUGGCUGGGACAGUGAAUCCGGAACAAUAAUUUUCCUACACACCUGGUCCAGGGGUAACUUCAGCAAUGAAGAGCUGGAAGAUCUGCAGCUUCUAUUUCGUUUCUACUUUUCUGGAUUAACAGUGGAGUUUCAAAACCGAGCCAGUGAAUUACAAAUCAAUUAUCCCGUUGACAUACAGGUGAGACUUGGCUCUGAGCUGCACUCUGGAGAGAUCACAAAAGGCUUCUUCCAUGCAGCAUUUAAUGGAUUAAAUUUCCUGAGUUACCAAAACAAAUCGUGGGUGCCAUCUCCAGAGGGUGGGAUGACGGCUCAGAAGGUCUGUGAUUUACUCAAUAUUUAUGAAGGCAUCAAGGAAACAGCAUACUAUCUCAUGAAUGACGUCUGCCCCCGUUUACUAUUGGGUCUCCUGGAUGCAGGAAAGAUGGAUCUUCAGAGACAAGUGAGACCAGAGGUCUGGCUGUCCAGUAGUCCCAACCUCGAGCCUGGUAGACUAUUGCUGGCUUGCCAUGUCUCUGGUUUCUACCCAAAGCCUAUUUGGGUCAUGUGGAUGCGAGGUGCACAGGAACAACUGGAAACUAAACAAGGCGAUAUUCUUCCACAUGCUGAUGGGACAUGGUAUCUUCGGGUGACCCUGGAUGUGGCAGCUAAAGAGGCAGCUGGUCUGUCUUGUCGAGUGAGGCACAGCAGCCUGAGAGACCAAGACAUCAUCCUCUACUGGGGACAUGGCCUUUCUGUGAUCUUGAUCAUCUUUGCAGUGAUAGUGCCCCUGGUGCUUCUGAUAGUUCUUGUGUUGUUGUGUAAGAAACGUUGCACAUAUCAGAGUAUUUCAUGAGAUGACUGUUCCAGCCUCUCCCUUGGUAACAAGAAGCCAAAUUCCCAGGAGCUUUGGACAGCAUGAUGAUGACAUGUUUCUACAAUCUGUUUAAACUGUUUCUCAUUUUUUAUGCUAAUCACUUGUUGAUGUGGCCGGUAUUCUGAUACUACAUAGGGCAUCACCUCUAUUUUUGUCAGUAGUAUUAAAUCAUUGAUUGCCCUUCCUGAUGUCCCUGUUCAGAGAUCUUGUUGACCCUUGUCUAUGAAGCAGGCUUUCGCUCCUCUGACCUCAGUGAGCCCUUCCACUGCACUCUGUUACAAUCUUGUCUCUUUUGCUUCCUGAAUUGGUCUUACCCAGGUCUUCUUUCCUCUUUUUAUUUUUAAUUCCUUGAGGGUAAGGACCAUGACAAGGGUGCCCUUCCUACAUUCAAUAUAUACUUAAUGGAAAAUAAACAAGUAAAUGCAAACUACCAUAUGAGCUUAGAAUAACUGUAAUAUUGUUAGUUUUUUUCCUCUCUGAUACUGUUGGAACAUUUGAAACACUGAUGCUCUUUUUCUGGUUUAAAUGAUUAAGUUAGCUGAGAAAUUUCAGUAUCCUUUUUGUAGUUUACUUAUGCUCAUUACAGACCUUGCAGAACUUGUAUUAUAGAAAAAUGCAGCUUAGUCUAUCUCUUUCAAGAAAACGAAAAAUAACAAAAUAAAACAGAAUAAACCUAAUCAAAACAAAACAGUGAAAGUGAAAAAGGAUUUUAAAACAAGUUAAUAGGACUUCAACACUGGCUGCCAUAAUAUAUUAUACCACCUUUGAAAUAGAUAUGUCAUCAGAUAUAAUAAAAUCAAACAAAACAAAACAGAAUAAAACCAAGCAAAACCAAGCGAGCAAAACAA